CCUUCCGUUUGGUAUGGUGGGAGGUUUCAAACCGCGUUCUUCUUUUUUCUUCUUUACAAUCACUCUCUCUUUCUCUUUGUUUUUUCUUCUUCUUCUUCUUCUUCCUUCCAUUUCAAUUCCAUGAUACUUUUAGCUUUACAAUGAUUGAUUGUUCACCAUGCGUUGGUUGCGUAAUAUCUCCUUUACCCCUUCUUCAAUGGUGAGGAUACCGGGUACUACUACUGGUGGUGGUGGUGGUGAUUCUCCUACCCGAAGAUCUACUGGCAGAGGUUCUGACGAUCAUAAUUAUCGUGGAAUUGUUUGGCGUUUUGGCGGCUCUAGGUAUUCCCGCCAUAGGAAGCUUCGUAACUUAAGUGGACGUGAACACGUCGAUACUUCUUUGGCUAAAUGGUCUGAUACUACGCCUGACCCUGUCUCCUUGUCGCGAUCACCCAGUACCUCUGAUCACCCUGCUGUGCCCUUGCCACUCCCAGAGGUUUCUCCCUUAUUUCAGCGUCGUGAAAGGAUCUCCACUUCCAAUUCUGCUGGGGGAGAGGGGGACUGCCCUCUUCCAUCGCCCAAAGGUUUGCGUGGACGCGCCGGGGAUGAACGUGAUGUAGAUAGAGAUAGAACUGCACCCCCUCAGAAGAUUGUGGGUGGAAUCUCCCCUAACGCUUCCAUUAAAAGUAUAUCUGAUUCUGGGGGGGAAAAGCAUAAGAAAGAAGGUCAGAUUGAAGCAAGAUCGUCAGGUAGGGCGAAUCAAGAUGCAAGGCGAUAUCCUGAAAGUUCUCGGAAUGGUUUUUGGAUUGAUGUUCCUAGUAGGAGUGCCCCUACUAGUCCUUAUACAAGUCCUACACUUAGUCCUCAAAGAAAUACUUCUGGUAACGUUUCAAAUUUCCAUUAUAUGGCUCCAGUAGGAAAUCAAGGUUGGUCUGCACCUGAGCUGCCAAAUUUCCCUUGUGUGGCUCCAGUUGGAAAUCACGUCUGGUCUGCACCUGAGCUGCCAUCCUCGGCAAUGAUGCGGGGGAUUCCUCCCGCAUUCUUUGAUUGCUCUACUCUUAGUACUGAGAGUUCUCCCAUGCAUAGCCCAAGAGGUAAAAGUCCCCACCGAGAUCCCAGAAGUCCAACAGGACCUACAUCUCCAUUGCACGCCAAGAUUUCCCAUGAAACACAUGCUGUGCGCCGCGAGGGUUCUGGUCAUGUCAGUGUCCACCCUUUGCCUCUUCCUCCUGGAGUGCCAAUGCCUUCAGCGUCAAUCCCAACAAUGGCUUCAGCACCAACCUCCGUCACUCUAUCAUCACCCCCUGUGUCUUCACCAUCAAUUUCAAUACCUUCAGCAUCAUGCUCGAUGGCUCUACCGUCAACCCCAAUGGCAUCACCAUCAACCCCAAUUUCACAAGCUAACAUUAAGAGUGAGUCAAUCUCAAUGAAAAAUCAAUGGCAGAAAGGAAAGCUUAUUGGUCGGGGCACAUUUGGAAGUGUAUAUGUUGCUAGCAACAGAGAAAAUGGUGCUUUAUGUGCAAUGAAGGAAGUUGAACUAUUUCACGACGAUCCAAAGUCAGCUGAAUCUAUAAAGCAAUUAGAGCAGGAGAUCAAACUUCUGAGCCAGCUAAAGCAUCCAAAUAUUGUUCAAUACUAUGGUAGUGAUAUUAUUGACGAUCGAUUAUAUAUAUACCUGGAGUAUGUUCAUCCUGGUUCAAUUAAUAAAUAUGUUCGUGAACAUUGCGGAGCUAUGACAGAAUCUGUUGUUCGAAAUUUUACUCGACACAUCCUCUCAGGGUUGGCCUACUUGCACAGCACAAAGACAAUACACAGGGACAUUAAAGGUGCUAAUUUGCUGGUAGAUUCUUGUGGGGUUGUCAAGCUUGCUGACUUUGGAAUGGCUAAACACCUUACAGGACAAGUUGCCGAUCUCUCUUUAAAGGGAAGUCCAUAUUGGAUGGCUCCUGAGCUCCUCCUGUCUGUGAUGCAGAAAGAUAACAGCCCUGAUCUAGCCCUAGCAGUUGAUAUUUGGAGCCUUGGUUGCACUAUUAUAGAAAUGUUCACUGGCAAACCACCUUGGAGUGAGUAUGAAGGGGCUGCAGCUAUGUUUAAAGUCAUGAAAGAUACUCCACCAAUGCCGGAAUCAUUGUCAUACGAAGCAAGAGAUUUCUUAAAAUGUUGCUUUCAAAGAAAUCCUGCAGAGAGGCCGACCGCUGCCAUGCUGCUUGAACAUCCGUUCAUGAAAAACUUGCAGUAUCCAGAUGCUUCAUCUUGCUCUCAGGUUGUUGCUGGAGCAAGUUUGAUGGAUAAAUGUUAUAGCCCAAGUAAACAAUAUUCAAGUAAAUCCGAUCAAUCUUCCAUGCUUCCAAGCCCACAAAAUUCCAAGGGAAAGUUAGCGGCCGAGAGUGUGAUUGGCCCACUAUCUCAUCAUGAAACCUCUGACUUAACAGUAAUGUCUCGCUAUUCCCCCCGUUCUACCCUUGAAGCUCUUCCAAUACUGUCUCCUCUGCGCUCAGUUCCCAAUGCGCAUCAUCUCGGUUCCCCUAUAAACGCAGCUGAUGUUGUAAAUCAAACCAAUAAGAAGAACCAUGCAUUAAUAUGAUAAACCAUAGAUGGGAGGCAAGGAAAGUGCUCGAGGCCAGGCUUGCCCUCAGCUUUGCUCGUAUCUCCAGUCGACGAGCGUUUAGCAGGGGUGGUAAAAUAUCGGGGGAAAAAUCAGCUUCAUAAGGAGAAGCCAGAUUCAGAUGCUGCAUCUAGUGGGUGAGAUUCCGGCAUAGAUUGCCACUUACUCAUGUAGGUUUUUGUCUCCUUUUGAUAUUUUAUUUUGAAUCGAAAGAGCUUCUGGACUGGAAAUCUUCUCCAUACCCAGUUGAGAAACAAUUUUGUAUGCUGUUUUUUCCAUUUUAGAGCUUCAGUAAUGGCGACAUCCACUGAUCAUUCUUUGGUGUUGGCGUGGGAAAAAUCACCACUUCCAUUGUGUUCCAUAUGGUACAACUUCAAACUGAAUUUGUAGAUAUUAGAGGAGGGGUAUGAUAAUGGAAUCAUAUGGUCCAACAGCUGUUCCAUGGAAUUUUUCUUAGCUUCAUUCUUAAAAAAUAUAUACAUACCUUGUGAUCAUUUUUUUCCCA